GGCCACCAGCUGGCUCCCGACGCGGUGAUGCUCAGCUCGGCCCUCUUUUCUUGCAGCGAGGCGGCGGCAUGGCCGGCGGCCAUGAGGCUGCUUCACCACGCACGAGAAUCGAGCCUCGAGCUGAACACUGCCGCGGCGAACGCCGCGAUCGGCGCCUGCGCGGCUGCCGGCGCGUGGCAGGAGGCCCUCGACUUGUUCCAGGGCACCGAGGCGGACGACAUCACGUAUGUGGCCAUGAUCAGUGCCCUCCGAGGCCCUGGGAUGUGGCAGCGGGCGCUGCAGCUUCUCGCCGAGCGGCGCAGACGAGUUUGGUGCUGCAGCAUCGUCCUCUUCGGCACAGCCAUCGCCGUGUUCGAGGCUUCCGGGCGUUGGCAGGAGGCCCUAGCAACGCUCUCCGAUGCCAGGUCCGAGACGUUGCCCAGCGUCGUGGCCUUCAACGCGACGCUGAGCGCCGCGGCAAAGGGCCAGCAGUGGCAGCGAGCCCGCGACCUGCUCGCACGUGCCAGGCUCUGCCAGUUGGAGCCCGGCGUGGUGUCGCAGAACUCGGCGAUAUCCGCGUGCGAGCGAGGCCGACAGUGGCACUACGCCCACGAGCUCCUGGAAGAGAUGAAGGCCAGAACCUUGCUUCCAGACGCUGUAAGCCUCAGCGCUGCUGUGAGCGCUGGCGAGAAGGGCUGGGAGUGGCGCUUCCCCUUGGACCUCCUGGCUUGGGCCUCCCGCGCCCGCGUCCGCACGGAGGUCGUCACCUGCAACGCAGCUCUCAGCGCCUGCGGCCAGUGUGGUCAGUCUGAGGCGGCCCUGGCCCUGUUCCAGGAGAUGUGCAAGGCUCCGCACCUGCCAACGCCCAAUAAGGUCUCCUACAACGCAGUCAUCAGCGCCUGCGCAUCAGGCCUCUUAUGGCCCCAGGGCCUUGUGCUGCUCCGGCGCUUGGGGGAGCCAGAGCUGCCACCGUACAACGCCUUGGCCUCCUCAUGCUGCAGGUGUAACGAGCUGUCGGUUUCACUGGAGCUGCUGGACGAAGCACGGAGGCUCGGCCUGCAGCUCGACACACUGAGCUAUCUGGGCCUGGCACCGGCCCUGGGUGGGCCAAGUCGCCAUCCUGAACUGCGGCAUCUCCUCGCCUAUGCCCGCGACGCCGAGACCACGCUGUGGCCGACGAGGAGUUCCGGCCGGGGGGCUCAACGCCUCACCAACGAGCUGGGAGCCCCGCUGGCGCUGGCCGAGGCCCUGGCCUCUGAGUCCCUGCUGAGCGACUGGGCCGCGGCAGGGCUCCGGCGCGCUGCGUACCCCGCUGUGCUGCGGCUCAGGAGCUUGCUGUCCCAACCCCCGGGAUCAGCAGGGAGGCCUCUGCACGACAGUGCCCUGGAGCAGCAGAACUCCCUUGGCGGGCCUCUCACGCAGCAGACCCUCGUGGAUUUCCAGCUGAGCCGAGAACUUCAAGGUCCCUGGAUCAGUUUCGCGCAAGCCAGCUGCCGCAGGCAGCUGCAGCUUUUAGGUCUUGAGCACUACGGCCCCGACCCGGAGGCCCAACACCUCCCCGCCUUCGGCGCCUCCGCCCAGUGCGCCGGCCGUGCGGCCGGCAGCAGUCUGGAGAGCGGCGAGACAGGAAGCCCAAAGAAGGCCUCCCUCGCAACACUGUGCCCCGUCUACGUGGACCACGACCGGUCGAGCCAUGCGGAGAGGCACCUCCUCCUCGACCUCCUCCGGCGCGAGCAGGAAAGGUUCCACAUUCUGACACCUGGAGUAUGGUUUUCCGAAGUUUCCCGCUAUCUCAAGAGAGGAGGGAAGGCACCCAUCUUCAUGGGCAUGUCGGCUCAAAAGUUGCUGGACACUGAUCAGCUCAAAGAGUUUCACUGGAUGACUGUCAUUAAGCAGAUGUUGUUGGAAGCCAUGAGAAUACUCGUUCUUGUCGAUGACAUGCUGCAUCUGCCCCUGGACCCAAACGCGGCCUCCCUCGCAACGCUGUGCCCCGUCUACGUGGACCACGACCGGUCGAGCCAUGCGGAGAGGCGAGAGAGAGCACCGAGUGGCGAGGGGCAUGCGGACGGCCAAGCGGCACAAAAGCAUGUCCCGGACAUCCUCGGCGUGAGCCGGGCCGCGCCGCAGGAAGAUAUUCUCCGUGCCUAUCGUGGUCAGGCCUUGAAGCUUUGUCUACGGAAACGAUAUGCUCCCAAUCGGCCUGGCCCCUCUAGCGCGGCUCCCGUGGUCGAGGUUCAGGACAUCUUCCCCGCCUGGCGGAUCCGCGCGGAGGCCUACGAGACCCUCUCGGAUCCGGCAAGGCGCAGCCUCUACAACAUCAGCCUGGUCCGGUCGGGGUCGGCCGAUGGCCUUGCGGACGCGCUGCGCCCUCCCGUUGGAGCCAUCCAUGGCCAUAUGCUUGGCGAUCACCCCGUUGAGCUGCUUCAUGUGUUGCUCCAGGCAGAGCCUCAGUCCUGGCAGAGCCUGAUCUCGGGCCUACGAAAGAGCCAACUGCAGGGCCUUUUGGACCGCUUGCCGCUGGCCCCACGAGUGCACGAACUGGUCACGAGGGUGGAGGAGACAGAUGAGCGCCGCGUAGACUGCCUCUGGAGAUCUCAGACGGAAUUCCAAGCGGGCAUGGAAUGGGACAAUCUGGUUUUCUACAGUCCGGCGACAAAGGCUCCUGCAGCUGGCGUUUACUUCCACACUGUCAUGGUGGAGUUCCAGCGGGUGCUGCAUGGGUACAUCGUGGACAACCCGACUUGCAGACUGGAGGAAGCUUUGCAGCACGUGGAGAAGCACCUCGCGAGUCGGGGUUUCAGCUGCCCGCUCAAAAUGCGGUGCAGGGUCUUGCGAAACGGCAAGAAACUGUGCAGCCCGGCUGUCUCCUGCGUGGCCACACUUCUGGCAAUGCGCGAUGAGGUCAUGCACGCUAGCAACUCAGCCCUGGCUAGGUUGCGACAGAAGUGGGCGCGCCAGUCCAGAGAGCUCGGCGAGCAGAAUGCUGCUCGGAGCAUGAAGAGAUGCUCGCAACUGUGGGGUUUCGUUUUCGCUCACCUGCAGACCUUGUGCUCUGUCCCGCUCGUUCGACGGCGGAAGUUCUGCAAGCAGCCUGAAGACGUGGUGGUGCAAGUGGCGCUGGACAGCCCGUUCUGCCGGACCUUGGGGUCACCGGAUGAGCUGGCAAGGCGCUUGGCCACCCCCACAGGCAGGGACUUUCUCGGCACGUUCCUGCUUCACGAUGUUGCAAACGACCCGGCGUCCCCCAACCACAAGUUCGCAGCUGGAGCCUGGCAGUGGCUGGAAAACAAAAGGAGGCGGUGGGAGUCUGGAUACGCAAGCCCAAGCACACGGAGCCCACGUUCUCCGCCAAUCGAGUAUUACAGCGAGUGCUUCAUCGACACGCUUUCCCAGACAUGUCUUCGCCGGAUCUUGUCCUUCGCCCAGAUCUUGGAUCUCGCCCGAUGCGGAAUGGCGAACCGGUCCUUGGCCCGUCAAGUCCGGAUGGUUAUGAGAGACGGUGUGGCCGUAGAUUAG